CAAGUAACCCUCUUUUGGCCUUUUAGUCUUUUACUUGUUGGAUUUGAUGAUGAUCUUUCCUCCUCCUCAUCAUCCCAUGCCAAACCCAUCUUUGAAAAACUGAACCAAAAAGGGAUAAUCUUUAUCGAUUUCUUUUCUUUUUUCUGGUGGUUGUGUUUCUUUUUGGGAAGAUUUGGCCUUUGUAAGAGAAAACAAAGGGGGAAGGGGGAAAUUUUGAGAGAAAUAAAGAUCUGGGCUUGUUCUGGUUUGAUGGGAGCUUGCUUGAGCCAUCGCAUCAAGUCUGUCAGUCCUAGCACAUGUAUUUCGAGUAGUGCCAGCAGAAAUGGAAACAAUAUAAGUUGUUCAAGCAGCAAGGAGUUUUCAGCUUCUAUUCCACAAACUCCCCGGAGUGAAGUUGAGAUUUUGCAGUCUUUAAAUUUAAAGACCUUCACUUUCAGUGAGCUCAGGACGGCCACCAGAAACUUCAGACCAGACAGUGUCCUAGGAGAAGGCGGGUUCGGUUCCGUCUUCAAAGGAUGGAUCGAUGAACAAUCACUCAAACCUACCAAGCCUGGUACUGGCAUAAUCAUUGCUGUUAAAAGGCUCAACCAAGAAGGAUUUCAGGGUCACAAAGAAUGGCUGGCUGAAAUCAACUAUCUUGGACAACUGCAUCACCCUAAUCUUGUGAAGUUGAUUGGUUACUACUUAGAGGACGAGCACCGGCUUCUGGUAUACGAGUUCAUGGUUCGGGGUAGCAUGGAGAAUCAUUUAUUUAGGAAGGGGUCACAUGUUCCACCACUUUCUUGGUGCAUCCGGAUGAAGAUUGCGCUCGGUGCUGCCAAAGGACUCGCUUUCCUUCACAAUGCCAAAACACAAGUCAUAUAUCGCGACUUUAAAACUUCGAAUAUCUUGCUCAAUUCCAAUUACAAUGUAAAACUCUCCGAUUUCGGGUUAGCUAGGGACGGACCAACUGGUGACAAAAGCCAUGUUUCCACUAGGGUCAUGGGAACCUAUGGAUAUGCUGCUCCAGAGUAUCUAGCCACAGGUCAUUUGACUGCCAAGAGUGACAUAUACAGCUUUGGAGUUGUUCUACUAGAAAUGUUAUCGGGUCGACGAGCUAUAGACAAUAACAGGCCAUCUGGAGAGCACAAUCUGGUGGAUUGGGCGAAACCUUACAUGAUCAACAAACGGAGGAUAUUCCGUGUAAUAGACACUCGUCUCCAAGGUCAGUAUUCACUGAAUCAGGCGCAAGAAGUCGCUAACCUUGCACUCCAGUGCUUGGCUGUAGAACCCAAGUGCAGGCCAAGCAUGGAUGAAGUGGUAACGGCACUCGAGAAGCUUCAGGAGCUGCGUGAGAUGCCAAAAAGAAACCAGAAAGAGCGCCGCAGAAAUGGUAUCAACCACUCCAGUGGUAAACCAACCACUUAACCGAAGCCUUCUGCGUCACCGCUUUAUGUUUAGAUGAAAACCUUGUGUUGCAGCUGCAUUUUGCUUUCUGAUUUGAACAUCCAUUUGAAUUGUUUCUGGGAUUUAGGCAGGAAACAACAACAGAGUUGUGUACAGUUCUUUUGGGUUAAACUUUUUAAAUCUAGCUCUGAAAUUCAUCAAGCUCGGGUUUAAGAGCAUGCAUGAAUAUGGUCUGGGAUUAGCUAUGUAUCAUACCAUAAUGAGUGAGAAAAAAAAAAUGAAGGAUACAUUUAAUGUUUGUAUGAAAAUGAUAUUGAGCUUAGCAUAUGAUCUUUGUAUGCCAAUGUAACUAAAGCUCAUUUGAAACA